AUGUCUACUUACGCCAAAAGACUCUCAAUAAAUCAGCGAUAUUCUUCCUGGUCCCGGAUCGCCCCGGGAAUUCCGAAGAUAUUAUUAUAUCUACUCACUUCUUAUCGACUCGCCAUGGAGUCACUAUCACGCCCGUUAGUUUUUCUUCUCAUUAUAUUGGCUUUAGAAAAUGUCGGCGUUGACGGACAUGGCCGUAUGAUGGAUCCGCCUUCCAGGAACAGCAUGUGGCGCUUCGGAUAUCCCAAUCCGGUAAAUUAUAAUGACAAUGAAUUGUUCUGUGGAGGUUAUGCAGUUCACUGGGUCCAAAAUGAGGGAAAAUGCGGAGUUUGCGGUGACGCUUAUCAUUUAAGUCAUCCUAGACCUCAUGAAGCGGGUGGUGAAUUCGCAAGAGGAACUAUUGUUAGACGUUACACCGCUGGACAGGACAUCGACGUCGAGAUAGAACUAACAGCGAACCACCAAGGCAGAUUCGAACUUAACCUUUGCCCACACAACAAUCCUUCCCAACGAGAAACUCAAGAGUGUUUCGACAAGUACCCUCUGUACUUAUCAGGAACACGAGAACCGGCGUUUAUUAUCCCCGAAGACAGCCCAAAGAAGGCGAUAUUUAAUUACAGAGUAACACUGCCUCCGUACAUAACCUGCUCUCAGUGCGUUAUCCAGUGGAAUUAUCUGACAGGUAAUAUGUGGGGUACCUGCGAGAAUGGAACCGAGGCCGUUGGUUGCGGAAAACCGGAAACUUUUCGCAAUUGCGCGGAUGUUAAUAUUGUAACAAGUACUUCGGGAGUCCCUCCGAUGUUUGUCCACCAGUACAAUCCCUUUCUAUUGUACUAUCAGGACUACCGUACUUCUGGUAGCAAUAAUAAUAAUAACGAUAAUGUAUAUCCGCUGGUUAUCAGAGCUCAGACUUGCCAACCGACAAAACUUUACCGCUUCAUUCCCGGUAUGAAUGAUUGGUGCCUUGAAAACUGUCUUCGCUAUCCGCCUAAUUGUCCACAGACUGUUUGUUCUUGUCCAGAACAAUGCGACGCUGUUGGCGAAUUCAGUGGAAGAAAAGGCGCUGAUGUCUAUUGUAUGGAUAAAUGCCUUGUCAACCCGCCAGAUUGUCCGGCUGAUCGGUGUCAAUGCUACUAA